AUGUGUAAAAACGGAAGAGCGAUAUCAUUAUCAUACUUAGAAGAAGAAUGCUACUGUUACAAAAAUAGGACAGACGAACAGUCCUUUACAACUUUGGAAGGAGUUCAGCAUUAUUUCCUUUCAGAUGAUUACUAUUUUCAAUCGGAUGAACGAAACUGCAAAGGGCACAACUACAUAUUUCUAUCUGAUAUCAGCGUCUGUUAUAAAGAUUACGUUGACACUAAGGGUUGGAAAGAGGCCAAUGCAAAAUGUGGAUUAGACGGAGGCCACCUUUUUAUGCUUGACACCGUGGAAAAACUCUUAAAAUUUCAAAAUAUCAUUCCCAAAAAUGUUUAUUAUUGGGUUGGAUUGGAGGACAUGAACCAAGAUGGCAUCUGGACCUGGAUAAAUAAUGAGAGCAAAGAAUUUAAUCAGAGCCUCUGGUUCCAACAUGAACCAAACGGAGAAGAUGAAUUCUGUGGAAUGGUGCAAUACUAUAUAUCUGACCCACGAGUUGGAAUAUUUGACGUUAAUUGCGACAGGUCAUUGAGAUUCUUAUGCGAAAUAUGAAAUCUUUUAUAAAGAUGAUUACGUGACUAUUCUUCGCAAAAUGCAUUAUUUGUCAAAGUAA